AUGGCGACGACGCAGCCAUCCGUGCUCGUCCUGGCUCUCCUGCAAGAGCGUAUACUGUAUCCAAACUUUUCCCAGCUGAUGGAAUCCAUGGCUCGCCUGCGUGCGACAGUCACCCAGGUCGAAACAAAAGGAGACUUUGCGAGAAGACUGAGGCUUUCGCCACCGACCAUCGUUUAUACGAAGGAAGGCGGAAUCACCAUCUGCUGCUGCAACUUCAGCAACCACAUCAACAAUGCGACGGCGAGGUCGUUUUUCACUGCUUGGGGGGCUGCCGUGGGAUCUAGGCUCGUCUCCGAAAUUGAUUUCAUCUCUGGCUAUAGAAUGGGUCGCGCUGGAGACCGACGUGGGAAUGCUCCGAUGCCAGCCGUCGACGUCGUCCAGAACCCCCGCACUCACGAUCCUCUGCGCCCUCGAGAAGACGAAGUGGAAGCGAGAGCUGUCAGGCGAGCCGAGACGUCCAAGCAAAAGUCGAAACAGGCGGCAGCAUUCAAGGAGCAGGCAUCGUAUCUAAAACUUCGUAUGUAUCAACAGGCAGAGGAAUGCUGUGAUGAAGCUCUCAAGUACGACCCCAAAUCCGUAAAAGCUCGAUAUCGCCGAGGCGUCGCUCGUCAUGAUAUGUUCGCAUUCAAGUUGGGCCAUGGACGAGCUUGCGCGAAGCUUGUGCCCCGCGGUAUUCCAGACCAGUUUGUAGAGCAGGGAUGCGAUCCGCAGUAUCUCAAUGACGAUGACGAUGACUCUUUCUUUGAUCCACCUCUGGACUUUUCCGGAAAGACUCUGCAAUCGGAUUCUGAUACGAGUUCCCGGUGCACGUUUAGUCCCGAAGAACAUUCGACGAGAGACGAGCUUGGCCGCAACGUUCUGAGCAUGCGGAUGCUUGCACUUCUGGCAGUCCACUGCGCGUACGCUCAUUCGAAGGAGUAUCUGCCGGAGAAAGGGUGGUGGAGCGACGAGGGCAUGGAUGAUCAUAUGAAGGGGGUCUCAUGCGGAAUAUCAGCAGGAUUAGGAACGUGUCAUACGGAGAACAGCAUGAAUUCGACCGCAGGGUUGAGAUGGGACUGCCGCCCCAGGGAUAUGGUGGCGACGCCGAUUCGGAUGACUAGGAUGACGCUCUUUAGGCUUUCGUCAUCACGGCUCUCUACUGAUACCAUUCGUGGAAUGACGACCGGCUGCAAGUUCUGUCAAAUACUUUUACUUCCUCCCACUGGCAUUUUCUCAGUUCUCGCCACCACUGAUACCUCUUUUUUCGUCUAUAUAAUAUGGCCUACAGCUCUCGCCGUGACUAUAGAGGAUAAAUUGGAGAAGCUGGGUGUAGAGCGCGUGUCGGGGAGCAAUGCACCUCAUGCCCGUGCAGCAUCAAUAUCUUCGCCCGCAGACCCUGCCCUUCUGCUCUUCAAGCUCAACAAACUCCAGCAAUCCCAAAAUGCGUCAUCCAAUAAUUCUAUGGUCCCUUCUCCUCAACUAUCUUUUGGCAUGUCACCAUCACCACAUCAACAGGGACCAAGAUUUAUGAUGAAUAGACACGGUCACAGCAUGUCAUUGGCGCAGCCACCCACACAAUCUCUAUACCCUUACAACAACGGACCUCUUGUCGCGCUGAAUCCGUUCGGCCAUGAUGCCGUUUUAGGUUCUGAUCAGAUACCCUCGCGUUCGCCUCAUGUUUCCCUCGGCUCUUCUGGCAUCGGCGAAAUCCACGCUCCUCAAGGACGUGUCCCUGUUGCACUUCCAUCUUUGGCUCCACCAGCUCUGUCCACUAGUCGCCCCGACAGUAGGCCAGAUUUCAAUGGAGGGUUUGGCCUUGAUAUUCUUGAAGAAGAGGAGGAAGUCGUAGAAGGCGAGAACAUGACCCAGACCGACUCCGAUGAAGAAGCCUUUGAUCAAGAAGUUGAUGACGACGAGGACCGGGGAACGGAGGACGCUGGUCUGACAACGGCUUCGCAGGGCCAACGCCAUUCAAGACACACAUCGAAAUUAUCGGCUGCGCUCUCGCUCAGGUCGUUUGGCGUGUUUAACGUCGAUGGAACAAACGAAAGGACCGAUUUGGAGCCAGUAGCUGAUGGAAACAUCAGCGUGGAGGAGAAGCAUGAUUUGGACGGGGUCGGAGGACAAAGGGCGCGGCAGCAACGUCUAGAACGCGGGAUACGGCGCCGGGCGUUACAGCAAGAUGCUGAACAGCCGAGACGCAUACCUAACUUUCCUCGUCCGCCGGAAAACACCAUGGUAAUGUCCGUACCCGGAGAGGCUGAUAUUAUAUCGAAUCCUAGUGAGGAAGAACAAUUGCAAGACCACGAAGGUUAUCUUAGCGUGCACAAUUAUUACGAACGUCCUCCAAAUAUGAGUGGGCGAUCGUCUCGACCUCUUCCUCCCCCUCCCCACUCUCGUUCACCUUCUGGACAGCAUUCUAUCCAUGACCCAGCCCAAGCUCAUUCGCACCAUUCGUCAGAUGUUAACUUUGGAUUCCCUGAACCCAAGCCGGCCGUUCCUCGUCUUAAUCCUAACGCUAAACCCGACCCUUUCACUGGCUCCGGCGACCACACACACUCACGUUUUCCGUCCUUCGGCAAACUUCUCAAUGCCAGUGCUCAGGAAUUCAAGCCAAGCACAUUCACAUCCAAGGCCGUAGGUCCUGCUUUCCCCCUUGCUGAUCCUUUCCGGCCGCUCCCUGUUCCCCCUGUUAGUGAGUCAUCACCGUUUCGGGUCCAAGGUUGCGAAAAAUGUAGACGCCAUGGAUCAAACGAGUCUAUGGAAGAGGGAGAUAGUAUGGCGUCGUUCAAUUUCCCUCUACCCGCAGAUUCUCCUGUGGACUUGUGUCAGAUACCAUUGCCACGUCCUGACAGAUCCGGACAUUCCUCCCUCAACCCGUCUGUGGAGCCGUUCACGUUUGCUGGCUUUUCGGCUGUUGCGACUUUACCACCUAUACCCCCUGCCGACCCCGUCGAGGAAACUUUUGAAGACGAGAGUACUGCACGCGCCGAGUACGGUGAUUCCCAAACGGAUGCAUUCGUCCUGCCUUCGAGUUCAAAGGCGAAGCGGGCACCUAUACCGCUGGACUUCAGGCACACUGUAUCGAAUAACACCGUUUCGACGGGUUUGUUUAAAGCCCUAGUCAACAACGGUGGGGAUGAACGCACUCGCCGAACUGUGCGGUCUGUUCCUGCCAUCUCUCACAAAGUAUCCCGAAGCAGACUGGUCACUGAUCCUGGUCAAAGGCCAGUCUCUCCUGCUGAAGAUGUAUUUGGUUCCACGCGUCAUUCCCGACGACGGUCGUCGUUUCCUGAUGCUCUUCAUCCUUUCCCUUCAGGAUCAUCCAUUUCAGAGACCUCGGUCAUCCACAAGGACCUGACAAGCCGGUUCGAGCUGCAUAAAAUCGAAGAUCUGCUCGAUGAAAAAAUUGCGGUCCUUCGUCAUGACAGAGGAGGAUCUACACUGAACCGCAACACAGAGGCCACGAUUAACGAGGUUCUUUCGCUGUUCAGGACUCAGCUCCGUGAUUCCGCCACGCGUAGUUUGGAAGAUACCCAGCUGGAUGCGCGGGGUGAAUUGGAUUUCCAAUUGAUAAAGGACGUUAUCGAACAGGCCCAUGCUGAAACGCUUGUUCAUCUCAAGCAGGAGCUUAGCAGUAUAUCCCAGACCUUUGAUAAAGGACGUCCUAUCUUGAAUCCAGGCGUUCCGGACGUGACUCUGGAGCAAUAUGGCACCCGCACGAUUCAGGCAAUCAAUGAAGCGAUAUCUGAAAUGUCGGUCCGCUUGGAAUCUAUUGGACGCGCAGCCCCAGCGAGGGAGCGAGAUGCCAUUGUGGACGCUGUAGUAUCCGCCUUAUUUCCUGUUCUCAGCUCUAUCCGUUCGGAUUCGGUGGAUUAUGAUUAUCUGUCCGAGAAGCUCUCUCACGCAGUUAAACCCAACAUAUCCCAGCUAAUUGAUCUUGCAUCAGAUAAACGCGAGACGGUCGGCCCCAUUGUUAAGCAGUUAAUCCCUCUUUUGCCCAACCUGCAGGAGCCUAGCCCUGCUGUUGACACCGACGCCAUCAGCCUUCAGCUUACAUCUGCUGUCACCCGUGCCAUCGCUCCAAUAGAUGCUUUCGAAAUCAAGGAACAGGUUGCAGACCUCGUUGUCGAACGUCUUGACGUUCGCCUCGCCAACCGAGACAAGACGUUCACUGUAGAUGGGAUCGCGAGUCGCGUAACCGAUAGGUUUGUAGGGCGUUGGAGAAGGUAG